CUGAAGAAGGUGUGUCCUGAGUGGCCCGAGAGAACUCGAGGCUGUGGAGACGUGGAGUUUCCCCGUUUCUUCCAAAGCACGGUCCCGAGCGUCCUGCUCCUCCACUUCGCUGCUUGUUGGUGUCGGGGUCACAGGAUGGCAGCCGUCCUCCUACCCCCCACUAGUGCUCGGUCUACCCUAUAUCCAGCCUCCCAGCAGAAAGGACACACGGAGGAGGAAGAGCUGGUUAGUGAGUUCCUGACAAGCUGGUUACAGGACUUGGUGACCUUCAAGGAUGUGGCAGUGGAGUUCACGCAGGAGGAGUGGGCAUUGCUGGACCCUUCUCAGAGGACACUGUACAGAGACGUGACACUGGAGAACUGCCGGAACCUAGCCUCACUCGGGUGUCAUGUUGACAAACCCAAUCUGAUAUCCCAGUUGGAACAAGACGAGAAGGUGAUGACAGAGGAGAGAGAAAUUCUCCCAAGCACUUGUCCAGAUGUGGAGACUGUACUUAAAGCCAAAUGGCUACCUCCUAAGAAGCAUGUUUUUAGAAAAGAACAAUCUAAAGGUGUAAAAGCGGAAAGAAGUCAUCCUGGAGUGAAACUCAAUGAAUGUAAUCAGUGUUUUAAAGUCUUCAGCACAAAAUCUAACCUUACUCAGCACAAGAGAAUUCACACUGGAGAAAAACCCUAUGACUGUAAUCAAUGUGGAAAGUCUUUCAGCAGUAGGUCUUACCUCACUAUUCAUAAGAGAAUCCACAAUGGGGAGAAACCCUAUGAAUGCAAUCACUGUGGGAAAGCAUUUAGUGAUCCGUCAUCUCUUAGACUGCAUGUGAGAAUUCACACCGGAGAAAAACCCUAUGAAUGUAACCAGUGUUUUCACGUCUUCCGCACUAGUUGUAACCUCAAAAGCCACAAGAGAAUUCAUACAGGGGAGAAUCACCAUGAAUGUAAUCAGUGUGGGAAGGCUUUCAGCACAAGGUCCUCCCUUACUGGGCACAAUAGCAUUCAUACAGGGGAGAAGCCUUAUGAGUGUCAUGAUUGUGGGAAAACGUUUAGGAAGAGCUCUUACCUGACACAGCAUGUGAGAACUCAUACUGGAGAAAAACCCUACGAAUGUAACGAGUGUGGGAAAUCCUUCAGCAGCAGCUUUUCUCUUACUGUGCACAAGAGAAUACAUACCGGAGAAAAACCCUAUGAAUGCAAUGACUGUGGGAAAGCGUUUAAUAAUCUCUCAGCUGUUAAGAAACAUGUGAGAACUCACACUGGAGAAAAACCCUAUGAAUGUAAUCAAUGUGGAAAAUCUUUCACUAGUAACUCUUACCUUUCUGUGCACAAGAGAAUACAUAAUAGGUGGAUAUGAAUUUCUGUGGGAAAGUGCUCACUGAUCGCUCAUCUUUAAGACAACUUGAGAGAAUUCACACUGGAUAUAUAAGUUAUCAGUCACAGCAUAACAAAUUACCCUCCCCAAAAUGCAGCUUCAAACAACAAAUAUUUAUUAUCUCACAAUUUCUUUAGGUCAGGAAUUCAUGAAUGGCUUGGCUCUGUAGUCAUGCCUCAAGAUCCCUCAUGAGGUUGCAGUGGAGAUGUGGGCCAGAGUUGCGGUCAUCUGAAGUCUUUACUGUUAAAGGCUCCACUUCCAGGAUGGCUCAUUCACAUGCCCUGAAAGUUAAUGUUGGUUGUUUCAGGGGACCUGCAGUUCCUCACCAUGUAGGUGUCUCCACGGGGCUGAGUAUCUGAUUUGGCAGCAAGUUCCCCCUAAAGAAAGUGACCCAAGAGAGGGUCAAUACAGAAGCCUUGAUGUCUUCUAUGAACCAGCCUCAGAAGGACAUAUUUUCACUUCUCUCCUUUUGUAUUGGUCACACACCAAUCUUGAUACAGUGUGGGGGAAGACUACGCAAGGUAUGAAUGCCAUGAGACAAAUCACUGGGAACCACCUGGGAAGCUUGCCAUUAAAUCAAUGAAGAAAAGCCUCCGGCUCACCUUCAUCCUUUUAAUCUAAUCAAUGUGAAAUAGCAUUCAAUAACUUCUCUGUUAAUUUAGUCUGGAAAGAAAACUUAAUGAGUACAAUCUUCAUGGUAAAGUUUUCAGCUCACACUCCUACCCUAAUGUGCCCAAAAGAUUAUAUACUAUAAAAACAUGAAGAAUAGAACAGCUAUAGGAAAGCCUUCAGUGAUAUCUCCAGGGAUUCACAUGAGCAUUCACACUGAGAGAGAAACCCUAUGAAGGUCAUCAGGAUGCAAAAGCCUUCAGGGACACUCAUACCUUACAGUGUGCACAGGAAAUCACCCAGCAGACAAACACUUAUAAAAAAAAUGUGGAAAACCCUAUAGCAAAAGUGUUCAUAUUACUGAACAGAAGAUAGUGAGGUCCUCUAGCUGCAGCAACUAUGGGAAAGCGUUCAACGUUCUCUCAGUUUUUAAGAGAUAUGACAAUUAAUUCUGGAGAGAAAGUCCCAUUGAAUGUCAUCAGUAUUGGAAACUUUCCAUUUUUCCACAUGUACUAGGAAACUUGUGGGAACUCACACUGCAAACAAACUUGCAGAUAUAAAGAAUGAGAGAAAGUCUUCAAUGAUGCUUUUUUGUUAGGAAAAAUAUGAAAAUCCCUGGAUGUAAAAUCUGUGAGUGUAUGUAUCAAUUUUGGAAAAAUGUUCAAUGAUUCUCUCUUGUAUGGAGGAAACCCUAGAAAAGCACUCAGUGUUGGGACACCUCAGCCCACCUCUUUUCUGAGUGGCCACAAGGUAAUUUAUACUGGGAACAAUGAGUGUGGGAUUAGUGUUAUCCAUGUCUCAUUUGUAGGUUGGGCCACUAGGUCAUUAAUUGUUAGUCUUUUUGUUUUAAUAUAAACAUUCAUGUCUAUAGUUAGUGCCUAAAAUAAACCUUAACUUACAUUCAUUCCAUAAUUUUAAUGCAAUAUAUUUGUUAUCAUUUACUCUUUAAGAACAUCUAUACAUUGUAUAUUCAAAAAGUUAUUUUUGAGUAGUUCCUGGGUGAUUUAGUUUCUCAUGACAGAAAUUAGACAUUUAUGAUAUAAUUUUUUCUAAUUUAAUGGUAUUUUUGUCAGAGUAUCUGGGCUUUAUGAUAUUGAUUUUUUUUUCUCUUUCUAUCGUAGUGUGGCAAAUGCUGUUAGCUUCUUUCUCAAUGUCCAUUAUUCCUGUUUUGUUCAGGUUGUCUGUGAGCAGUACUGAAAAUACUCAAUCUUCCAGGCUUUCCUGAAGCCCAGACAGGCUUUGUCCCACUCUACUGGCCAUGAGAAGUAGGUAGAAGCCAUGUGGGGGUGGUGAGGGAAACACCAUGUGGUUUCUUCUCACUUGCCAUGUGUUCAUUUUAUCCAUUCUUUCCCUUGGCCUCAAGAGUUUGAAAAGCUAUUUUUUUGACCAUGAUGACAAAAACCACAGUGCAGCAAAAAAAAAAAAAAAAUCACAAUGAUCUAGACUCCCCAAAACCUGCGACUGCCUACAUCAACUCUGAGUUGUUUAUUCCUAGACUUCUGCUUCCAUGAUUAAAAGAAACCCCCAACUGGUUGAAGCCAAAUUGAUUUGUUGUUUUUGAGGUGGUUGUCUGUUAACUCCCAGCUGAAUGCAGUCUCCUAACUGGUAGACCUAUCAAUUAGUCAAAUUUUAUCCAUGUUUUAUGUUUCCUUGAAAACAGUGUAUAUUCUGUGAUAUUUGGAUAUAGGGUAUAUGCACAUUAAUGCAGCCUACUUGUAUUUUCAAAUAUAGUACAUAUAUUUAGACUUUUUUUCUCUUGACCUUAUUUAGUGGUAGAGGUGUAGUAAAGUCUUUCAUUAUGAUUAUGGAUUGACAUAUUCUUUUUGUAAUUCUGUCAUUUUUUAUUUAUAUAUUUUGAUGUAAUGUUACUAGGUGUUUACAGGAUUAGGUAUUUUCUUGUGAAUUGUUCCUUUUUACAUAGAACCCAUAUAUUUACGUAGCAAAAUAUUAUAAUGCAUUAAUAAAUGGUCAGACAUUUAUAUGGCACUUCCAAUAGACCAGGCACUUUUCUAAAUGCCAUGUGAGUAUUCACUAAUUAAGUACUUAGUAAAAGCAUACGUUGUGUACUGUUAUUAUCUCCAGUUUACAGAUGAGAAAACUGGUAUAAUAAGUUCAUUCCCCGAGAUCUCUGGCCAGUAAACAGUAGAGCCCAGAUUUAAACCCAGUCAGUCCAUGCACGUAACCACGAGCCUAUUUAUUGAGUACAUUCCAUGUGCUGGGUGACAUUUUGCCAUUGAAGCACUUCAUUUUAAUGAAGGAGGGGCACACUAUAAAAAAAAUUAGGAAAAUAUAUUAUAAAUGUUACACAGAAAAGUAAAACAUCUUAAGAGAGGUGAGGGGCAUUGGGGACUUGUGAUUUUACAUAGGAUAGGAAAGGAAGGCCUCUCAGUAAGGGGAAUUUGAGCAGAGACCUCAAUGAGUCAUAUGGGUCUGCAUUGGAGAGAGCAGUCUUGGCCAUGCCGAGUCCUACGACAAGAAGGCCAGUACGACUGGAGUAGAACAGGGGUGUGAUAAGGGAGUGACAGAAGAUGAUGAGGUCAGAGAUGUGGUGGAUCCUCAUCUUGUUAGGUUUUCUGGGUCACUGUUAGGACUUUUCCUUGUUUUUUUGUUUUGUUUUGUUUUCUAGUGAGUUGGCAUAUCCGUCAGAGUCCCAGCAGGAAACAGUCGACAACCUCAGACUAGGACAGUUCAAGUAGAGUUUCAUGAACGUUCUACUCACAGAGUUGUGGCAGGGGAACCACAAAAGGCUGUGCAGUAUACCCAGGAGCUGGGACGGGCAGAGCUCUGUUGACACCCCUAAUCCUGAACAGACAAGAGGGAGGAAACCACUGAGAUCUGGAGACAGAUGGGGAGAGGGCUGCAUUCCAGGAGCUGAGAGAUCAGUCAGGGGUAGCAUCCAGCCCCAGGUUCUCCUGCAGGAAAGAGCCAGGGUCAGACCUCUCUCUCCUUCAUCCUUCUGUCUCAUGCAUGGGCUCCCCCUUGGCUAAACCCAGCCGGGAGCCUUCAGGCAAGGAAGCCCACUGGUGUCAUUCACAUAAGCUAACCUCCCUAGGUUUUCAGGGCAGCAGGGUAGAGGAAGUGGAUCCACUAGGGGCAAAGGGAAGAGACCCGGUAUUGGUCACCCUUUUCAUUUCUCAGAACCUAACGUUGCCCCUCACCUGGGUGAAAAGUGCAUAUCCCUGACCAGGAAUUCCAUCUACUGCUGUACUUCCCGAAGUGCUGUCUGUGCACUGAUACUCCCACCUGAAGCCUAGAAUAGUUGCCACCACCAGGGCUCCUCACAGAGGAUGGAAGAUGGGGGUGUUGAGGGGAGACUACAAGAAAAAAAAAAUGGGCUCAAAGGCCUGGUUCCCAGAAGGAGAACACUUCCAUCAGGAGACACAGGAACAUUCCCGUUGGACUUGAAGCCCUGACUGCUAUGAGACCACACAAGGGAAGAAGUGGUCAUAAUGGCAUGGGUAAUUAAUCCUACCAUCUGGAGGAUACGGGGCCACUGUUACACAAUGAGGGCAAGAAGAAAACAUUUGGCAUUCAGGUGAUCCAUUGAAAGUCUCUUGAUACUCUUUCCCCAAUUUUGAUGACAAGUUCAGCAUCUGCGUCCUGAGAAGAGUGUUGAGACCCCUUCAGCAUGAGGAUGUGGAACAACCCUCCAGGUAAGCCACUUAGGCAAGAACAUAUGAUCUAUAUUCUAUAACAACUUGCUGUCACAAAAUUUAAUUUUUAGAGGAAAAUAAUUAAGAGCCUCUACAAGGAAUUAUUCACAGCACACAAUAAUAAGAUUACUGGACAUGCAAAGAAUCAAGAAACUUCUCAGUUGUGAAUAUGCAAAUCAAUAGAAGCAGACGCAGAGGGCCAACUCAGCUAUUGGAGUUAGCAGACAAGGACAUUAAAAUAACUAUGGCUAAUAUGUUAAGAAAAAUAGGCGGAACCUUGGCAAACCACAGAAAGUGAAAGACAAACUGCAGAUCUUCAAAGCAACCAAAGAAAAAGGACACAUUGCUCUCAAAGGAGCAAUGGUAAGGCUAAAGAUGACUCCAAAGGAGACACUGGUGGCAAGAAAACAAUGACAUCUGGCCUCUAAAGGGUUAAAUGGGAGGGGCAGGAACAGGUGGGGAGACUGCCCAUCUAAAAUUCUAUAAGCUAAGAAAAUAGUCUCCAAAAAUGAAGAAAAAUGAAAGAUACUUUCCUGUGGGAGUUUUCGUUUUUGUUUUUGUUCUAAGCUGAAAGAAGUAACAGUAUAACUGCACUUCAAGAAAUGUUAAAGGGAAUUCUUUGGGCUGAAGGAAAAUGACUCUGUGUGGGCAUAACUUAACCCCAGGAAUUAAGAUCACCAGGAAGCAUAAAAUGCAAGCAAAUAUAAACGAAUAAUGGCUGUGUAAAAACAACCCUGUAUAGUUUUACAAGUUUUAUGUACAUCUAAACUUUUUCCAAAUAAAAUGCUUUGAAAAACA